UGUAGUGGAUAGACGCUCUUCAAACCCUCAGGUUUUAUAGGUCAAAGCCGCGUCCCCUAGCAAGCUUGCAAGUUAACUGAGCGAACUCUCUUGUACCUCCACUGUAAGGCGCUGAACUUGUGUAUAGACAACUGGUACAUAAUGGCAGAUAUCAAUAUCAGCGUUAGUAUCGGCGUGGUUGUGUGUGUCAUUGUCGCCGAGUUGAUUAGUACACUUUGGUACAAUGACCGCACCCCAUGGCACAGUUGGCAUGGAGCGAGGUUCUUCGCGGCUGCCCUGAUAUCAGACGUAGGUCUGGUUUUAAUCAUGUCUUUCUUGACCAAGAAGUAUUACAGUGUGUCCUAUCGUGACUGGGAGUCCGCUGCCUGGCUCGCGGGACUCACCGCCGCUCUGUACGCUUGUCUAGAAGCGCCCCACGUCGUUCACAAUGGGCAUUCUCUGAGGAACUUCACCUUCCAUGUCUUCCACAAGUUUGUCAUUGUGUUUGCCAUCGUGUUGGUGUACGACUACUGUAAUCAACACUUCUAGAAGACACAAAAACGUGUAGUGUGAUUUGAACAAUGACAAUAAGAAGCAAUCUCAAAAGUGUUUACACAACAGGUUUAUUAAGAGCAGUGCUGUUCGUUUUCAUAGAGAUGUUACUUUCAUGAAUCAUUUUUAGCGCUAUAUGGUUCUACAUAUGAUAAUUAAUAACGUAUUAACCAUACUAUAGUAUUUAAAUCUCAUUUGUAAGUUAUAGCAUUUUGUUACUUGAACAUGUACUACAGA